GGGUGCAGAUCUAGGGAGUCAAACCUGGGCCUGAGGGCUGGUCAAAUCGAGUUUUUCAGGGUUAUAUCUAGGGGAUAAUAUAGGGGAUAAUAAUUGAAUGGAGGUAACGAGUGCACCUUACUGCACGCCCUGACCGACGACUUUGAGAUGCAUGAUUUCCAACUUGCCCGGCUGGCCGGCAGGAUUCUAUUAAAGAGCAGCCCUUGGGCACAGGUCAUGGAUCAACCAAGCUAGCAACCAAGUAAAAUAUUCCACAUGAUUCAAAAAAAAAAAAAUAGUAUUCCACAAGCAAUAGCCAUGGAUCUGGCAACGGGUGCCAUGGGCACCCUUCUCCCGAAGCUUGCCGAGCUCCUCAACGAGGAGUACAGGCUGCAGAAGGGGGUCAAGGAAGGCGUCAAGUCUCUUGAGAAGGAGAUGCAGAGCAUGCACGCUGCCCUCCGCAAGGUGGCCAAGGUGCCGCGGGACCAGCUCGACGAGCAGGUCAAACUCUGGGCAGGGGAGGAGUUUAGGCCGGUGAAGGCGAAGGCUGCAAGUUUACCCCCGGGUGUGACUGCGGAGCGUUGUUGGUGCGGCCGUGUUGCUAAGGUUAAGCAGGUGGAGGAUUUCUCCGACUGGUUCGGCAUGAAAUUUUUCAUGUGUGCGAGCUAUGAGCAUGAUCCACCCCGUAGUUCAGCUUCGUCGUCCACCAGGCCGCCGUCUCCCCCGCCCCUAUGCAAAUGGUUUCACUGGAUAGACACGGAGCAGCCGGAUUGGGCGCGCGAGGAGGUUGAGGAGAAACAGCGCCGUGCGUGGGCAACGUUCUUUGAGGAGGAGCGUUGGGAAAAGGUUCGUGCUAAUGAGAAAGCAGAGCGAGAGAGGCAGAUACAGAAACUAAGGGCGGAACAAGCUCGUAACCGAGAGGUGAAUCAGAAGAGGAUGGAUGAUGAGGCUGCACGUAGGUUUGCAGACGAAGAGGUUCGCAGGGAGGCUCGUGAAGCGGAAAGGAAGAGACUAAGGGAAAGAGGCUGCUUGAAGCGCAAGCGCAGGAAGAACGCGGCGACAAGUCUGGAAAAUGGCCACGGUGGACGCAGGGAAAGUAGUGUGAUGUGUCGUAUUGGCUAUGUAUCGUAA